AUGCUGGCCAUUAAUUCAGUCCUCGCCACUGCUAUCGCAGUCGUGAUUAUUUUACGCAUCCUUCUCAUUGGUCGCAGACCCAAAAACUAUCCUCCGGGGCCGCCGACGCUCCCUAUCCUGGGAAAUAUCCAUCAAAUGCCUUCACAUGAUGCUCACCUGCAAUUUGAAAAGUGGGCACGUGAAUAUGGGCCUAUCUAUAGUCUCAUGCUGGGUACGAAAUGCCUCAUCGUGCUUUCAAGCGAUGAGGCCGUCAAAGAAUUACUCGACAAGCGAAGUAAUAUCUACUCCGACCGACAGGAGAUGUAUAUCGGUCAGACUUUAUGCAGUGGAGAUCUCAGAUUGUUGAUGAUGGCAUCGCUGACAGGGCCCAAGUUCCGCAAGAUGGUCCACGGACUACUCAACGUCACUACUUCCAAGAAAUAUGUAGCGUAUCAGAUGCUGGAGAACCGCCAGAUGCUAUACGAAUUCCUGACGCAGCCGGAUCAUUUCCUCAAACACAUCCGCCGCUAUUCUAAUGCGCUCACCACCACCAUGGUCUUCGGAUGGCGGACAUCGACAUACGAGGAUCAAAAGAUGAUGCAGUUAUUCGAUGGGUUUUCCGAGUUUGCCGCCAUCAACCAGACCGGCACCGCCGCUCUCAUUGAUUUCUUCCCUUGGCUGCGCCAGCUGCCCGAUUUCCUCUUGCCGACUCAGAAAAAGGCCAAGAGGCUUCACAUGCAUGAGAAAGCGCUAUACAAGGAACAUUGGAUGAAGGCCAAGCGGGAAACCCAGGAGAAGACCAUCAAGCCCUGUUUCUGCGCCGGGAUGUACGAGGCGCAAACGCGAGACGGCUUCAGCGACGACCAGGCGGCUUAUAUAUCGGGAACGCUACUGGAGGCCGGCUCGGAUACAACAUCGAGUACACUGUACGCAUUUGUGCAGGCGAUGCUCUUGUUCCCGGAUGUGCAACGUAAGGCUCAGGAUGAACUCGAUAGAGUGAUUGGGUCAGACCGUCUUCCCGAAAUGGAAGACUUGGCCGAUCUGCAGUACAUCCGGAGCUGCAUGAAAGAGACGCUUCGAUGGAUGCCCACGACGAUUUUGGGUGCUGUCCCUCAUGCAGUGACCCAGGACGAUGAGUACAAGGGUUACUUCAUUCCCAAAGGCGCAGGAGUGCUGAACAAUGUGUGGGGGAUCCAUAUGGAUCCGACCCGACACGCCAAUCCACGCACAUUCGACCCGGACCGGUAUCAAAACGAUCGGCAAAGCUUCGGGGACGCCGCCGCUAACCCUGACCCCGCCCAGCGAGAUGCAUUUACCUUUGGAGCCGGGCGCCGUAUCUGUCCAGGCAUCCACGUUGCGGAACGUAGCCUGUUUCUGGGCAUGUCGCGGAUUCUGUGGGCCUUCGAUAUCGAACCGGCACGGGAUGAGGCCGGGCUCCAGAUCAUUCCCGACCCGGACCGUUUGACGCAAGGGUUUGUGUGUAUGCCCGAGGAGUUCCCUGCUCGCAUUACCCCCCGAUCUCAGAAGCGUGCGGAUAUGGUGGUUCGAGAGUGGAAGGAGGCGGAGGCGGGGCUUCUCGAUCCUAAGACAAAGCAAUGGAUGCAGUCACCGGUAAUUACCGAACAAUAG